AUGGCGAAUGCGAAUAUUAACUUUAGAGAUUGUUCAGCUUUUAGCAUAGCUAAACCCUUAAUUAAUGUAACUUGGUCACCUGACCCUGUUGGUCCUGACGGAACCAUUACGGCUUUUGACGUUAAUACGCUAAUUGAACCGGCCUCAGCAUUUGACAAAUUAAUAAUUUCAUUUAAUGAUGACUUUGGCCGUCUCGUAGGUACUACUGCGCAUCCACUUGCUAUCGGCAAAACUAAUAUCGAAGGAAGAUUCAAUGCUAUAAUUCCAAGUUUCAUACCUCCUAUGUAUACAAUCGCAGUUCAAGUGAAAGAUAUUGCAACGGGCAGAACUAAGAACU